GGACAGGUGUGAGGACAGACCGCAGGAGAGACUGAGGGAGCGCGCUUAUCUGAUUGACUCCAUUUGUUUUGAUUUAAUACAACUGAUAAAGUGAAAUAUGUUGAAUCAGUCAGACUUCUACCUCCCGCUGUCUGAGUACAGCUUCGAGCGGCGCUUUGAUGAGAGGAGUGCAAUUGAGUGGAUGCAAGCGAACUGGAGUACGUCCUUUGUGUUCAGCGCUUUGUACGCCACCCUGGUGUUUGGAGGUCAGCAUUACAUGAAACCUCGACCCAAAUUGAACCUGCGGCGACCACUUAUCCUCUGGUCACUCAGCCUCGCUGUCUUCAGCAUCAUCGGUGCCAUUCGGACUGGCUCCUACAUGUUUUAUAUCCUGAGCAGAAGCGGAUUCAGACAGUCCAUUUGUGACCAGAGCUUCUACAACGGGCCGGUCAGCAAGUUCUGGGCGUAUGCCUUCGUGUUGAGCAAAGCGCCGGAGCUUGGUGACACAGCAUUCAUUGUGCUGAGGAAGCAGAAGCUUCUGUUUCUGCACUGGUACCAUCAUAUCACCGUGCUGCUGUACUCCUGGUACUCUUACAAAGAUAUGGUGGCUGGUGGUGGCUGGUUUAUGACCAUGAACUACACUGUGCAUGCACUCAUGUAUAGCUACUAUGCUGCCCGUGCUGCGGGCCUGCGUGUGCCACGGCCGUUUGCUGUGCUCAUCACCAGCGCUCAGAUCGGGCAGAUGGGCAUGGGACUGAUGGUGAGCGGACUGGUGUACCGCUGGAUGCAGCAUGGCGGCUGCCCGUCCCGACUCGACAACAUCUUCUGGGCUACGCUGAUGUACUUUAGCUACUUGCUGCUCUUCGCCAACUUCUUCUACCAGACUUACCUGCGACCCAAUGACCAGGCUAAGAUCGUCAAGACCGAGUAGACAGUCUGAGAUUGUGGGAUAUCUGUCACAAAGACUGAAGCUGCUAAUUUUUAAAAACAAACUUUUAUCCAAAGAUUUUUCCCUGAUGAAGUGUCAGGAUGGAAAAUCCUUUGUAUGAAACAUGCCAGAUUCAACAUCUGCAGACCGCACAAGGUCUGUAUCAUUUUCACACUGACUUCAGCAGAUUACGCUUGUUUUUUUUACUGCUUAUUUAAUCUUAAAAAAGAACUGAAAUAAAGUUGCAAAUAUUCCUAGGAAGGAUGAAGAAGAUUUGUUCCAUCAGAAAAAACAUGAGUGAACUUUAACAAGCAAAGAAACACGUCAACAGAUACAAACACAAAACAUUGUUUUAAAAAUAUAUAUAUAUAAAAUGUAUUUGUAUCUCAAAUGGAGCAGAUCUAUCUCCUAUUUCCCUCAACUCAAUGAUGGGGGUUCUGAGAGAUAACAACAUAUUAAUUUAUUAUUGCUUCUUGGUUUAUUUCUGACUGAAAAUUAUAUAAAAAAAAAAGUUUUAAGCUUAUCAGAUUUGUAAUUAAGCAGCUCAAUGUGUUGAAUCCAGAUUAUAUUUUGGAAAUGUUCAUUUUUAAAUAUACACAAUAAUGCGCUCUACUGGCCUUUUUGUUGACUCGUCUUCCACUCAGCAGUCACAUUUAACAAAUGUGAGGCACACUAGUCAAAUGUUGAAUCAUCACCUCAGCUUCACAUUCCAGCAGGGUGAUUAAAAACCAUCCCCUCCCACCUGCUCGUACUGGUUAGACUGGAAUUACCACACCACACCUCCCUUCUUGUCUGUGAGCAGCCAAUCAGGAGGCUGUAGCAGGAACAGCCAUUUGUACCUCAAUGGGUGUUGGAUGUGUUUGUCACAGGGAGGGGUGCCACUCCUGAAAGUCAGUUUUUGUCAUCAAACUGCACGUUGACUUCCUGCGGUGGGAAAAAUCUACUCAUUAACGUUCAAAGGAUGAACCCAGAGAUGCUAAACAAAAGCAUUGGGCAUGUACAAAUGAAUCUGUGCAGGCAAAGAAGCUUCUAAUCAACUUUUGACAAACUGGAAAAUUCCACGGUGGUGCCUCGCUUUUUGUUUUAACCCUUAGUUGUUAAAUCUGAUUUUACUGACACCUAAAUGAACAAAACUGUUUUUUUUGGGUCAUGGAUCCCUAUGAUUUAUUUUGCCAUCUUGACAGCUGCAACUUAAAAUCCCUUUUUAACAUUCCAAUAAAUGCUUUGAGAUCUGUCUGGAGCUCUGAGUCAAGGUGACAUGUUUUUUAAUGUCUUUUCACAAUGAAUUCAAUUUACUGUCACAGGAUACAGAGAGAAGCAAAAACACAGGCGAUAUUUGGAGUCAAAUAGUGAUCAGUGGAAUCAUUUUUCUUCAGUCAAACUUUUCAAUUCAGUUGGAUUUUUUUCCUUCACUUUUUUCCACAGUUGAAAGAAACGUAUUUAUGGAUAAGUAUUUCUUAGACAUAUGAUGGCAGCCAGUCGGUGGCCGGAAAAGUCUCCAAACACAGGUGUUAUCUAACUUCCACUGAAUGUAUUUGCUUUAAAACUCACUCAUGUAAAUCACUCCAUGAAAAUACUUGAUUUUCUAUUUCUUUGUUGUUUUUUUUUACCACGGUUUGACUUUACGUUUACAGAAAAUGACCUCUGCCCCACAAACGUGUUUAAUUGUGCAGGUGCUCAUUCGUUAUCAUUUAUCACUAAUAUUGUUUUUUUAAGAGAGUGUGUGUGUGUGUGUGUGUGUGAUGUUUAAAGUUUGUCUGACUGCUGCAGCAGGAGAAGCCGGUUGAUAGAAAAUCAUUGAUUUUCUGAAUGAACAAGCUGAACUCCUGAUUCUGUUGUUGAUGAAUGAAAAACAUGCCAUUUUUCAGGUGUAAAAUAUUUUAUUUAUAGUCUGAAAAAAUAUAAUAAAGAAGCUGUUUAUACAUCAGUA